AUGUGAAUUAAAGCUAAGGCAGCCAAAACAGAUACUGAAUAAAGUUAGCUAAUGUAGCUGUUUAAGUUCAUAAUACAAUCGACGUUUUCGAAACAUCAUAAGGAAUAUUUCAUUUGAUUUAUCAACAUAUUUUAGCACGUUGUUGUUGUGGGAUUAUUUUCACUGGCGUAAUAGUUUUAAGAACGUGUCACAUUCGUAACAGCUACCAGUCGCAAACGGAUAAGAGAGAACGUCUGUGCAAGGAAACGCAGUUCAUUGAUUGCUAAUAUUAUUUAGAUCUAGAUUAUUUGUAUCACUAAAGGACCUCUAGCAGAUUACCAAAAUCAUCCGAAAAUGGUUGAGGGUGGAAUGAAAUGUGUCAAGUACUUGUUGUUUCUGUUCAAUUUAAUAUUUGUGAUUGCUGGCAUUGGCUUGAUAGCUGCAGGAGCCUACGUCAAGAUCAAAUUGACAGAGUACUAUGAGUUUUUUGGCAGUAAUUACAUGGGACCUGGCAUACUAUUAAUCAUAGUUGGUGUUAUAAUUUUCCUCCUGGCUUUCUUCGGAUGCUGUGGAGCUAUCAAAGAGAACUAUUGCCUGACCAUGACUUUUGCUGUCAGUCUUGGAAUCAUUUUUGUUCUUGAAAUUGCGGGAGGCAUUGCAGGAUUUGUGCUAAGGGAUGAUAUUGAGAAUGAAAUUGAAAAAGUUUUGGUUGACUCAUUCAAAAGUUACAACAAGAGUAGUGGUAUUCGAGACACAUGGGACACUCUGCAGAAGGAUUUCCAUUGCUGUGGUGCUAAUAACUUCAGUGACUGGCAAACCAACUUGGCAUACCUUGGACAAUAUCCUGCAUCAUGCUGCAAGACUACAGGUUGUGAUACAACUUUUGGUGAUCAAAAUCAAGCAGUAUACCAUGAGGGUUGCAGGUCAGCAUUUGAGGGUUGGUUGAAGGACAAAGUUGCCAUCAUUGGAGGUGUUGGCAUUGGUCUUGCUUUUGUUCAGGUUGUAGGAAUCUUAUUUGCCUGUUGCCUAGCAAGAGCCAUCAAAAAGGAAUACGAAGUUGUCUAAGUACAGUUAUGAGAAACAUGGGAUGAAAUUACUUUUUGCUCCAAGUUUUAAUUCUACAAUAUUGUGAGUGCUAUGGCUAUGAUUUGUGUUGUAAUAUUCAAAGAAAAAAGACAAUUUAUUAUUGAGGAAACUUGUCACUAUUUACAUUUGUUGUGGAAAAAAACCUUUGUAAAAUUUAUGUGCAAAAUCUGUAGGUAGGUUUGGAUAAAUCUAAAACCAACAUGUGAUGGUUUUGUAGGCAAAUUGGUAGAAAUUUAUAUUUUAUGAAAUUUUUACCUUACAAAAUUUAACUUUGUAGUUAUUUCUAUUUGUAUAUCUAAUUGCCAAAAAUCUUAUAGUGCAUUUUAAUUUAACUUUGAUAAAUUUUUCAUCUUUCCUUUGAUUUUGGUGUAUUUUAACAUUUAUGAAGACUACUGUCCACCAUAACGUCUUUUCACCAUCAGAAUUGAACUAUUUGGUAUCAGCUGUUCACAAAGUUGGGUGAUUAUCUCUAUAAAAUAUUCCAAGAAUCACAUUUAUAUUGUAUCCUAUUUCAUGUCUUGUUUAUACAUUUUUUUCUGAAUGAUGAAACAUGUACAAGAAUGAUGUUCUUUGAUUAUUUUUGUUUCUGUACAUUUUUACCAAUUUAUUUCUGUCUUUAAACAUUGAUAUAAAUUGUUAUUGAGAAGUUUAAAAACUAAAAAAAUAUUAAUAAAUGUUACUUAAUUUAUUUCGCUCUCUAUUUUGGGGUAUAUUUACGGAUACUUAGACUGCGGUAAUACUUAUGUUCCUACGGAAUUCAGCUUUAUUUUGACCAGCCAAAAAUUGUAGUUUCACUUAAUGUGAGGUGGGUGUAUUCCAAGUGUAAUGUCACCGGGUAAACUAGUUAGAUUUUAUUUCAAAUUUAUACAACUUUUGUGCUGUAAAUUGACAAUUAGUGACGUUAAAGCAAGUCGAACUUCUAAUUUCCAGCAGUUUUUGUAAUAGAUUUUUUUUUCGCAAUUGUUUACUAAACUGAAGCAAUUAACUGGCCUCUGUUAAAAUGUGAAGUGUUGGAUUAAUAAAAUGGCAAGAUAUUUUAAGAGGCCUUCUUUAAACCAAAUUUAUAUUUUUAGUGUUUUCAGAUAUCUUAGAGCUCUGCUUUUUUUUCUUCAUCUAAGGGGGAGGGUUCUAAAGUAGUAGAAGUUUAAACUUUGCUGUUUCAAUUGUGAUGUUUAUUGUAAACAUUUUUUUAUUGUUACACUUGUUAAGAUCCCCCAUUAUUUCCCCAUCAGUUAAUGGUUUGAUGUAAUGUUCUACAAAUUUAAAACAGCUCAUGUCCAACUGAUUUAGCAGGUGAUUCUCAGGCCCGGCUGGAGUGCAAAUGGAAGUGAAUAAUUAAACAAACCUCACUUUACAUUUGUCGAUUGCCCUACUUCUAGUGAUUACAUACUUGAAUGUCACUUUUGACAUUAACGUCACAUUUGAAUGUCAACUAGUCUCACCUAUGAGAGUGAUAUUACUGCUGUCAAUUUAACUUUUAUUUAAUAAAAAAAAAUCUAUGUAUAUGGCUUUAUGAUAAAUCUUAAAUAUCUAUCUUUUUUUUUAAAUCUUUAAACAGCAGUGUAAAGGCAUAAUGUUUAUUUGAAUGAGGCCUUUUCAAAUUUAAAUAAAAAUGGUCAAGUAAAAACCUG